AAAUCAUUAAAGUAAAAUUCGAGUCAGAGAUUUUAUUUUGAAGUUUAUAACGGAAGUGAUCGGCUGUGUCUUCAGUGCUGCUAGGUCCCCACCAAUUUUUUCUCUCAAAUUUGUCAGCUUUCGCGAAUGGUUUGCAUUCUCUUCUACAGAUUAAGGUAUUAGACUCAUGGGCUCAAAAAGGAGAAGGGCUACGUCCCCCUCUAGUAGUGUCAGUGGGGGGGACUUUGACGAUGGACAGCCUUCAUCCUCAGCAUCUUCGGUAGGUCGGAAAAGGAGAAGAACCUCAAAUAUUCCCACUGUUGAUCCAAUUGCAGUAUGCCAUGAAUUGUACAACACAAUCAGAGAUUAUAAGGAUGACCAGGGAAGAAUGUUAUGUGAGCUGUUCAUAAGAGCACCCAAGAGACGGAAUCAAUCGGAUUACUAUGACGUUGUGACUCAGCCUAUUGACAUGAUGAAGAUCCAGCAGAAGCUGAAGAUGGAGGAGUACGAUGAUGUGGAGCAGAUAACGUCUGACUUUCAGCUCUUAUUCAACAAUGCAAAGGCAUACUACAAGUCGGAUUCUCCAGAGUACAGAGCAGCCUGUAAGCUGUGGGACCUCUACCUGCGUACUAAGAAUGAGUUUGUUCAGCGGGGGGAUUAUGAUGACGAUGAUGAGGACGGGGACGAUGCACAAAAUAAUCCUGGAGGGUCAAAUGAGGAUGAGAAUGCACCCAAUUGCCUGAAGGAGGUCCUUGAGCAGCUGCUGGAUGCUGUGGUGACAUUCUCCGAGCCCUCAGGGCAUCUCGUCAGUGAUCUAUUCCAGAAACUGCCCUCUAAAGUGCAAUACCCAGACUAUUAUGCCAUAAUAAAGGACCCAAUAGAUCUGAAAAUCAUUGCCCAGAAGAUACAGAUGAGCCACUACAGAAGUGUUGGUGCCAUGGCAAAAGACAUAGAUCUUCUGGCUAAGAAUGCCAAAAUGUACAAUGAGCCUGGGUCACAAGUUUUUAAGGAUGCCAACACCAUCAAAAAGGUCUUUGCACAGAGAAAGACAGAAAUUGAGCAUGCUGAGCCAAUCAAGUCCAGUAUUCGCAUCAGGAACAGAAGGUCAGCCCAGGGAGACCGGCUCUCAGCUAUUACCAUGGCUCUUCAGUAUGAUAGUGAUGACGAUGGCAUUCUGGCUGGGUCUGUCCACUAUGACGAGGGGGAGUCAGAGGCAGAGAGCAUGCACCACAGCAUGGACAUGAGUAACCCCAUCUUCCAGCUGUACGAGGCUGUGCGUGGCGGCAGGAACAGCCAGGGCCAACUCAUCUCCGAGCCCUUCCUCCAGCUGCCCUCCAGGAAAGACUACCCAGACUACUUCCAGCAGAUCAGCCAGCCCAUCUCACUGUACCAGAUUAGGAACAAGAUGAAGAACAACGAGUAUGAGAGUGUUGAUCAGCUAGACGCCGACCUCACUCUGAUGUUUGAGAACGCCAAGCGCUACAAUGUGCCUCAUUCCUCUAUCUAUAAGCGUGUGUUGAAACUCCAGCACAUUCAGCAGCUAAAGAGAACAGAGCUAUUGAGGAGGGAGGACGACAGCAUGGAUGGGGACAGCAUGCUCUCUUCUACCAUGUCUGAUACUGGCAGCACUAAGAGGAAGAGCCAUAAGAAAAACACCAAGAAGAACCGGAUGAAGGCCCUGUACUCCGCAGUGACGGAGGCCCGGGAGAUGGGCACAGGCCGGAGGCUCUGUGAGCUCUUCAUGGUCAAGCCUUCCAAGAAGGACUACCCGGACUACUACAAGAUCAUCCUGGAGCCCGUGGACCUGAGGAUCAUCGACCACAACAUCCGCUCUGAGAAGUACAUGACUGAGGACGCUCUGCUGGAGGACAUGAAGCUCAUGUUCCGCAAUGCACGCCACUACAAUGAGGAGGGCUCACAGGUCUAUAACGAUGCCAACGUCCUGGAGAAAGUCAUAAAAGACAAACGGAGGGAUCUUGGCCCAACGCCUGACGAUGAUGAGAUGUCACCAAAGUUGAAAAUAAGGAAGAGUGGCAUCACGCCUAAGAAGUCCAAGUACCUGACCCCCCUGCAGCAGAAGCUGAACGAGCUGUAUGAGGCGGUGAAGAACUUCACAGACAAGCGUGGACGCCGCCUCAGCACCAUCUUCCUGCGGCUUCCAUCGCGCGCCGAACUGCCCAACUACUACAUCGCCAUCAAGAAGCCCGUGGACAUGGAAAAGGUCAGGAGCCACAUGCUGGCCAACAAGUACCAGGAUGUAGACGCACUGGUGGAGGACCUGGUGCUGAUGUUCAACAACGCCUGCACCUACAACGAGCCAGAGUCUCUGAUCUACCGCGACGCUCUUGUGUUGCACCGUGUUCUGCUGGAGACUCGCCGGGACCUGGAGGGAGGCGAGGAUGCCCAUGUGCCCGACGUGGCCCGCCUCAUCCAGGAGCUCAUCCGUAGCCUCUUCGUCUCCGUGCUUGGUCACCAGGAUGACGAGGGGCGUUGCUACAGCGACUCGCUGGCUGAGAUCCCCGCUACUGACCCCAGCAGCCCCGACAGACCGCCGCUCAACUUUGAGAUCAUCAGAGCUAACGUGGACCGGGGACGCUACAAGAGACUGGACGUGUUCCAGGAUCACAUGUUUGAGGUGCUGGAGAAGGCCAGGCGCAUGCACAGGACAGACUCUGAGAUCUUUGAGGAUGCGGUGGAGCUGCAGCAGUUCUUCAUCCGGAUCCGAGAUGAGCUGUGUAAGAAUGGAGAGAUCCUGCUCACCCCCGCCCUCAGCUACACCUCCAAACACCUGCACAGUGACGUGGAGAAGGAGAAGAAGGAGAAGCUGCCCAAGGAAAUAGAGGAGGACAAGCUCAAGAGGGAGGAGGAGAAAAAAGAAGCUGAGAAGAGUGAGGACCCUGCUGGAGGGGCGUGGCAGUCUGGUCUCCAGCGUACCUACAGCCAGGACUGCAGCUUCAAAGACAGCAUGUACCACGUGGGAGACUAUGUGUACGUGGAGCCUGCUGAGCCCAACCUGCAGCCGCAUAUCGUCUGCAUUGAGCGCCUGUGGCAGGAUGAUGCAGGUGAGAAGUGGCUGUAUGGCUGCUGGUUCUACAGGCCCAAUGAAACCUUCCAUCUCGCUACACGCAAGUUCCUGGAGAAGGAGGUCUUCAAGAGCGACUACUUCAACAAGAUUCCUGUCAGCAAGAUACUGGGCAAAUGUGUUGUCAUGUUUGUUAAGGACUACUUUAAGCUUCACCCAGAGGGCUUCAGGGCAGACGAUGUGUAUGUCUGUGAGUCUCGCUACUCAGCCAAGACCAAGUCCUUCAAGAAGAUCAAGAUGUGGACCAUGCCCCUGAGCUCCGUUAGGUUUGUCCCUCGGGGCGUACCGUUGCCUGUAGUCCGGGUUGCAUCCAUGUUUGCCCCUAAACAAGAAGAAGAGAAGCCUGCAGAGAUACAAGAAGAGGGCAAAGCCUUGGACACUAUGGAUAAGGAGAGGGAGGAUGUAAUCCUGGACAUGACCAAUGGGGAGCCAGGCUGCCAAUACUAUGAGCAGCUCUGCUACAAUGACACCUGGCUGAAAGUGGGAGACUGCAUCUAUAUUCGCUCACAUGGACUAGUGCGCCACCGAGUAGGCAGGAUUGAGAAGAUGUGGAUGCGGGACGGAGCGGCCUACUUCUUUGGGCCUAUUUUCAUCCACCCAGAGGAGACAGAACACGAGCCCACCAGGAUGUUCUACAAGAAGGAAGUGUUCCUUAGCAACCUGGAGGAGUCUUGCCCCAUGACCUGUAUCAUAGGGAAGUGUGCGGUGUCCUCCUUCAAGGAGUACCUUUCGUGCCGGCCCACGGAAGUGCCUGAGGAGGACGUUCUGCUUUGUGAGAGUCGCUACAUCGAGAGUGACAAACAGAUGAAGAAGUUCAAGGGUCUGAAGCGCUUCUCCCUCUCUGGGAAGGUGGUGGAGGACGAGAUCUAUUACUUCAGGAAGCUGAUCGUGCCCCAGAAGGAGCCAUCCCCUCUGCUGGACAGGAAGAUCGCAGUGCUGGAGGCCAAGUUUGCCGACAUGACAGAUGAGGAGUUGGAGGACCUGGGGGAGGAUGAUGGGGAGCUGGGAGACACCUCCAUACCCCAGCUCCAGAGCCCCAUGGCAGGCAGCGACAUGGACAUGCCUUACACCCCUCCACAGUCCACUCCCAAGUCCAUGAAGGGGAUGUCCAAGAAGGAGGGCUCCAAGAGGAAGAUAAACAUGAGUGGCUACAUCCUGUUCAGCAGUGAGAUGCGAGCGGUCAUCAAGGCCCAACACCCAGACUUCUCCUUCGGGGAACUCAGCCGUCUGGUGGGCACCGAGUGGAGGAACCUGGAGUCUCCCAAGAAAGCUGAGUAUGAGGAGCGAGCAGCUAAAGUGGCCGAGCAGCAGGAGAGGGAGAGGGCUGCCCAGCAGCUGGCUUUCCCUAGAGCAGGCAUGAUGGGUUCAUAUAUGCCAUACAUGAUGCUGCAGGACCUAGUUGACGGCAUGUUUAGUAUGACUGGCAUGCCACCACAUCACAUGAGGUUGCCUCUCUUGCCCCAUCAUCACCUAAUGCCAGGCAUCCCUGGGUUCCCUGGCAUGCCAUACCCGGGUGUCAACACGGGUGCCCCUGGAGCCUAUGGAACCCAGAUGAUUGGUCUUGGGCAGCAGGCCCCGCCACCCUAUCCAGGACAGGGCCAGCCUGCCCUCCAGCAGCCCUCAACACCCAUAUUUGUAGCCCCGCCACCCAAGCCCCAGCGCCUGCUCCAUUCGGAGGCGUACCUGAAGUACAUUGAGGGACUCAAUGCAGAGUCCUCCACCAUCAGCAAGUGGGACCAAACUCUCUCAGCUCGAAAGAAAGAUGUGCGGCUGACCAAAGAGCAGGAGAGCCGGCUGCCGUCCCAUUGGCUGAAGAGCAAGGGCGCCCAUUCCACCAUGGCGGACGCACUGUGGCGUCUGCGAGACUUGAUGCUGCGUGACACAAUGAAUAUCCGCCAGACGUACAACCUGUAGAAUGUCUGAGCCACUGCUCCUUACACUGUCAGACAGGAAAGCGGGUUUAGGCUCAUUUAAAAAAGUGUUAAUGUUGUUGUCAUGUUAAAGUUGUCAUUCGUUUGUAGAAUGGUUAAAUGAGCUUGCUUACUCUGUUCAAGCUGUUUUGUAUUGACAUCUUAAUUGUUCUAACAAGUGCAUUAUUAUUGUAUUAAAUGUUUCUCUGUGAUGGAUAAAAGUUUUCAUAAAAAAUUAAGAAUAGA